GCCCGGCGACACUUCCGUUGUCCUCACCUCACGCACCCCCCCUCUGCCGCUCGUCUCGUCUCCUCUGCUCAGCUGCUCUGCGUCGUUCGCUCGCCAUGGCAUCCUCGACAGGAAGCCUGGACCGCGGGUUCACGUUCACGCCGCCGCCCUUCAUCACCUCCUUCACCGAGCUGCUCAGCUCCGGCGCGGCUGAGAUGCUCGGCAGCGCGGGGGAGGACCAGUCUCCGAAGGGGCUGUUCCCGCGGGCGAGGGGCGGCAACGGCGUGCCCAAGUUCAAGUCCGCGCAGCCACCCAGCCUGCCCAUCUCGCCGCCGCCGAUGUCGCCGUCGUCCUACUUCGCUAUCCCGGCCGGGCUCAGCCCUGCCGAGCUGCUCGACUCCCCCGUCUUCCUCACCUCCGCCUCUAACAUCUUGGCGUCUCCGACCACCGGUGCGAUCCCGGCGCAGAGGUACCACUGGAAGCAGGCCGCCGAUCUGAUCACCUCCCAGCAGGAGGAGAGCCGAGCUGCAGCAGGGUUCUCUGACUUUUCCUUCCACACGGCCGGCUCUAACGCCAUGGCCACACAGACAACUUCCUUCCCUUCCUUCAAGGAGCAGCAAGUGGAAGCUGUGAGCAAGAGCGUCGUCGCCUCGAGCAACAAGAGCAGCGGCAACAAUGGUGGCAACAGCAACACCAAGCUGGAGGACGGGUACAACUGGAGGAAAUACGGGCAGAAGCAGGUGAAGGGGAGCGAGAACCCGCGGAGCUACUACAAGUGCACCUACCAAAGCUGCUCCAUGAAGAAGAAGGUCGAGCGCUCCCUCGCCGACGGCCGCAUCACGCAGAUCGUCUACAAGGGCGCGCACGACCACCCGAAGCCGCUCUCCACGCGCCGCAACUCCUCUGGUGGCGUGGCGGCCGGUGCGGCGGAGGACCAUGCUAACAGCCUCUCCGCGGCAUGCGGCACGGAACACUCCGGUGCGACGCCCGAGAACUCCUCCGUGACGUUCGGCGACGAUGACGCCGACAACGGGUCGCAGCGGAGCAACGCCGACGAGCCUGACGCCAAGCGCUGGAAGGAGGAUGCUGACAACGAGGGCAGCUCUGGCGGCGCCGGCAGCAAGCCGGUGCGGGAGCCGAGGCUGGUGGUGCAAACGCUGAGCGACAUCGACAUACUAGACGACGGGUUCCGGUGGAGGAAGUACGGGCAGAAGGUCGUCAAGGGCAACCCCAACCCGAGGAGCUACUACAAGUGCACGACGGUGGGGUGCCCGGUGCGGAAGCACGUGGAACGCGCGUCGCACGACCCGCGCGCCGUGAUCACCACCUACGAGGGCAAGCACAACCACGACGUCCCCGUCGGCCGCGGCGCCGCCAGCCGCGCGCAGGUGCCGGCGCAGCCGGCCUCCGACGCCAUGGCCAGCAGCCAGGACCACCGCCAGCCCUACACCCUGGAAGAGAUGCUCUGCAACCCCGCCGCCGGGUACGGCGGCUACGCGGCCGGCGGCGCGUUCCAGCAGCGUGCCAAGGACGAGCCGCGGGACGACCUGUUCGUCGACUCGCUGCUCUGCUAGCCAAGCGAAGCGAGAGCCGAGUCCACCCCUCCACUCGCCCUUGUACGUAUACGGCCGGUAUACGCGUACGUCCGUAGGACGUAUACGCUUGCGCGCCGUGCCUGACGCGUACGGGCUUCUGUUUCAUAUACAUACAUACGACAUGUACACAUGUAGGUGUUUAGCUUUUUAGGAAGAGCGAGAUUUGUUGAUUCGUUGCACCAACAGGAGAGAGCACGGACAGGGCCAGUAGUGAUACCGCCACGUACUGUGUACGUACGUAUACACAUGUCCUGUGCCUUUGUAGCCAGGUACUGUAGCUAGCAGGAAAUUAAAGCUGAGUGUAAGGGUCCACAUAUAUAGUGAAGCAAAGUCAAUAAGACUGAACAAGAUGGCAUUUCAUUUCUUAA